AUGGCGCCGAGAAAACGUUCUACGUCGAAAACCAGUUCAAGUUCUUCUUCAACGGAACGAUCACGUUCACGAAGUCGUACACGUUCAAAAACCCGAAGCCGCAGUAAAACCUAUUCACCAGAACGUGGCGAAGAAGGACGUCUUCAUGUGGCGAAUAUUGAUGAGUCAGUACGUGCACGAGAUUUGGAAGAAGCAUUUUCGCGUUUUGGAAAACUGUCCGAAGUUUGGGUAGCGAGUUACCCACCACUUUUUGCAUUUGUGGUAUUCAAAAAUAAGUCGGAUGCCAAUGAAGCGUUGGCAGCACUUAACAACACGUACAUUCGUAACUGUAGAGUACGCGUAUCGGUAGCAUUACCUCGAGUUCGUGCUCAUGAUCGCUAUCGUUUUGGUGGUGGUGGUUAUGGAGGUGGUUAUUAUGGUGGUGGUGGUGGUUAUGGCAGAUAUGGAGGCUACGGCGGCAGUCGAUAUGGAGACUAUGGACGUUACGGGGGAUAUGGUCGAGAUCGAGAUAGAAGACGAUCACCACCACGCCGAGAACGCGAACGUCGCAGAAGGAAUGACUCUGAAAUGCGUUUCAGGUCCCGUACUCGCUCACGGUCGCGUUCACGUUCGUCUUCAUCUCACAGUCGUUAG